ACAAAGAUGACAUCACAGUCAUAUACACAUGCAUGUGGUUCCCUUCCAUUGCUGCAUCGUAUAGCAGUCGCUCCCUCUAAACUUGCCGGAUUUUUAAACGUUUGAGUUUUGUUUGCAGCCAAAAUCAAUCAUGUCAAGCUGUAGAAGACCCGAGCAUAUGGCACCUCCGGAGGUGUUCUACAAUGAAGAGGAGGCAAAGAAAUACACACGAAACUCUCGCAUCAUUGAGAUCCAGAGCCAGAUGUCUGAGCGUGCCGUGGAGCUGCUGAGCCUCCCAGAAGACCAGGCCUGCUUCCUUCUGGACGUGGGGUGCGGCUCAGGCUUGAGUGGGGACUAUCUGUCUGAGGAGGGCCAUUACUGGGUUGGUGUGGAUAUCAGUCCAGCCAUGCUGGACGUGGCUAUCGAGCGGGAGGUGGAGGGGGGGCUUGUCCUCGCUGAUAUGGGGGAGGGCGUCCCCUUCAGGCCAGGCACGUUUGACGGCUGCAUCAGCAUAUCUGCUCUCCAGUGGCUCUGCAACGCUGACAAGAAGUGCCACAGUCCCCCCAGAAGACUCUACACUUUCUUCAGCUCCCUCUACGCCUGCCUGACCAGAGGUGGACGCGCAGUCUUCCAGGUCUACCCAGAAAACUCUGAACAGCUGGAGCUGAUCACUGCCCAGGCUAUGAGGGCAGGCUUUACCGGAGGCAUGGUGGUGGAUUACCCCAACAGCACCAAGGCAAAGAAGUUCUUUCUCUGCCUGUUUGCUGGAGUGAUCGGAGUGCUGCCCAAGGGCCUCGGAGCGGAGACGGCAGAGAGAGGAAUGUCUUCUCAGGCCAACUUCACAGCGCAUAGGUCUCGCUUCAAGAACAUGAAGGGCAAGAGCGUGAAGAAGAGCAGAGACUGGGUGCUGGAGAAGAAGGAGAGGAGGAGGAGGCAGGGCAGGGGCGUGCGGGCUGACACUAAGUACACAGGUCGUCACAGGAGACCUCACUUCUGAGCGACCCGUAUCCAGCUGGACCGGACUGGCCCGACUGUUCCCCUACCCUGCCCCCCUCCCUCAUACCCAGCUGGACCCGACCUGCCCCCCCCCAUACCCAGCUGGACCC